AUGAGACUAAUAACAUAUCUGACAACUAUCGUGGUGCUCUGUGUACUUCAGGUAGUAAGGGCUGAUCCUGCGCACACAAACAAUUGGGCAGUUCUGGUAUGCACAUCUAGAUUUUGGUUCAACUAUAGGCAUAUGGCCAAUACGCUAAGCAUGUACAGAACGGUUAAACGAUUGGGAAUACCAGACUCUCGGAUCAUUUUGAUGUUGAGCGACGACGUCGCAUGCAAUUCGAGGAAUCUCUUCCCCGGAAGUGUUUUCAACAACCAGGAUCGGGCUCUGGACCUGUAUGGUGAAUCCGUUGAAGUAGAUUACAAGGGAUACGAGGUGACUGUUGAGAACUUCAUUAGAUUGUUGACGGAUCGCUGGGGUGAAGAGCAGCCCAAGUCCAAACGUCUGCUGACAGACGAGAACUCAAACAUCUUCAUCUACAUGACGGGACACGGCGGAGCAGACUUUCUGAAGUUCCAAGACGCCGAGGAAAUUGCAUCGCAUGAUAUCGCGGAUGCAUUCGCCCAGAUGCACGAAAAAAAACGGUACAACGAGAUAUUUUUCAUGAUAGAUACCUGCCAAGCCAACAGCAUGUACUCGAAAUUUUAUUCGCCAAAUGUUCUGGCAGUGGGAUCCAGCAGACUGGACGAGAGUUCAUACUCGCACCACUCUGAUGUGGAAGUCGGCGUUGCUGUCAUUGAUCGAUUUACCUAUUACACUUUGGACUUUAUGGAAAACAUCGAGAAAAACUCUUCCUUAAGUCUGCAAGACCUCUUCGAUUCAUACACAUUCGAAAAAGUGCACUCCCAUGUCGGUGUGAGAACUGAUUUGUAUCAUAGAGAUCCAUCAAAAGUGCUGGUCACUGAUUUUUUUGGAAGCGUUAAGCACAUUGUCAAGGAUAUGCAUGAUCAAGAUAACGACUUUCAAGCCGUCCUCAAAGAUCAUGACGGAACAGAUGGCUAUACUGAUCAUAUUGUCAAUCUGGCUCUCAGCAAAAAUGAGAGGAACCCAGUGGAAUCCUCGAAAGCUGUAUCUGUGGGGCUAGCAACCCUGAGGAGAUCAGAGAGGAGUGUUGUGACGUUUGACAAAUCUAAAGGCAAAGCCAAAUGGUCAGCAGUUGUACCCAUAAGUAUUUUGCUGGGCCUUCUCGUUUUGACUUUGAGCACACAGAGUCAGAACAACCUAAGUAGUAGAACCGCCACGGCGCACAGUUUUUGA